AUGCCUAUCAGGUAUGGGAAAGCUGCUAUUGGUCUGGCCCAUCUGCUUCUUGUCCUGUCACUUGUGAUAUUUGCAAAGGGAUUCUUCCCACACAAGGCGUUUCUGCCAGGUCUGGCGACAUGGCCUCAGGGACUCGACAUCGUACCCAGAUCAGCUCCGUUUGACCGAGUCAUCUUUAUGGUCGUCGACGCGCUCCGCAGCGAUUUCGUCUAUGGCAACGCAUCAAGCUUUGCCUUUACCCAAGGUUUGAUCCGGUCUGGUGCAGCCCUGCCGUUUACUGGCCAUGCAAGUGCGCCGACCAUCACCAUGCCGCGGGUCAAGGCUAUCACGACAGGGUCCGUACCAAGCUUCGUAGAUCUGGUUCUUAACUUUGCCGAGUCAGAUACGACCUCGACCUUGAAGGAUCAGGACUCAUGGCUGGCGCAGCUCAGAGCAAAAGGUGGCAAGCUGGUCAUGUAUGGGGACGACACGUGGCUGCGGUUGUUCCCUGAUUUCUUCGACCGAGCAGAUGGGACUACUAGCUUCUUCGUCUCUGAUUUCACCGAAGUCGACAACAACGUCACAAGGCAUAUCCCUUUCGAACUGGCACAGGAUGACUGGUCUGCCAUGACCAUGCAUUUCCUUGGCCUCGACCACAUAGGGCACAAGACUGGUCCAAGAGGCCCCAAUAUGCCGGGCAAGCAAGCGGAAAUGGAUGGGAUCGUAAGACAGAUAUACACGGCCAUGGAGAACAGCCACCAUCUCCAGUCGUGUCUGCUGGUGUUGCUUGGUGACCACGGGAUGAACGAAGGGGGCAACCACGGCGCAUCGUCUCCCGGGGAAGUCUCGACUGCACUCACAUUCAUCUCGCCCAAGUUGAAGUCUGCGUUCGAAGGACAGACAAGUCCGAUUGACAGUACAGUCGACUACAAGUACUACGAUGUCGUCCAACAGUCAGAUAUUGUCCCAACCCUCGCGGCACUCUUGGGAUUCCCUGUCCCGCAGAACAACCUCGGUAUCAUCAUACCACGCUUGUUGGAGCUUUGGACCGUUCAGCAGGACCAGUACGAUCUGCUCUUCGAAAAUGCGGAGCAGAUAUAUCGCAUCUCACAGGCAACGUUUCCUAGCAACUUCGCAGCCCAAAUGGUUGACCAGGGGUGUUCAGCAACGACACAGGAUGAUGCCGAGAUCAUUGUGUGCCUCUGGAGACAGGUGCUAGAAGACUAUGAGGCCGGCCACGGAGCGUAUUCAAGCAGCUCAAUGGCCCAUCUGAGGUCAUUCCUCAGCAAAGCUCAAACACUCCUCAGCGGUACGGCCAGCAACUACGACCUGCGCAGCAUGCAAGUCGGCAUCGGGCUGGGCGUACUUGCACUGACCCUCUGUCUGCCUAGCUUUACACAGGGGCUACGGGCUGGUGGCUUCGAGGGCGUAGCCUUGGUAUCCAUAAUGGCGCUAUACGCCAUCACCAUGUUCGCCAGCAGCUACGUCGAGGAAGAGCAUCAAUUCUGGUAUUGGGCUCUCGGUGCAUACUUGAUCAUUCUGUACUUCAAAGGCGGCAGAUAUGCGAUCAGCCCCGAAAGCGCUGUGACAGGCUCGACGCAACCGGCCCUCGCGUACAUGUUGUUCGGCCUGGUCCGUAGAUGGAGACAAACGGGACAGAAAUACGCCGGCGAUCCCGAUAUUCUCAGCGAAGUCGUCACGCCGAAUCCAUCGCUUCUUUGGGUUCUCGUCGUCCUCACCUAUGCCCUGUUGUCGACCAAUCUCAGUCGAAGGGCUGUAACCUGGACGGGCGCAAGGCAAAUGGGCCUUUUGCCCGCCUUGGUGUCCACCUCGGCGUUUCUCUUCAAGAUCGCGUUCACGGCCGCCGAUGCGCCAGAGCUGCUGCAAGCAUUUCCUAUCUUCGGCCCGCUCGUGUCAUUUGUCUCGCGCUACCCGCUGGUAAACCUGGCCAGGGUCGUGUUCCUAGGGCUGGCUCACCUCCUCGCCUGUGCGGUCUACUACGAAAAGCCAUGGAAGAGCGCCCGGCAGCUGCAGUCCUUUCUGACCGCGUUCCAGGAUGUGCUCUCGAUCUUUCUCAUUACGCAGUCCCGCACUGUGUACAUCCCGCUGUACUUGUUCUUCAAUCUUCAGUUGUACUUAUUGCGCCGCGGACGGAGAUACUCGGUCGGCGAACUUGGGAUUCUAGCUCUGCUCUUUCAAUACGCGUCGUUCUUCGCCAUGGGCGGCACAAACUCCAUUGCGACCAUCGAUCUCUCCAAUGCCUACAACGGUGUCAGCGGGUACAAUGUGGUCGCAGUGGGGAUUUUGACCUUUGUCAGUAACUGGGCGGCGCCGAUCUGGUGGGCCUUUGCAGUGUGCCAGUUAUUCAGCGUGGUCGACCUCAGCAAUGGGGGGUAUUCAUUUCUGUUGACUGCUCUGGCGACAUUCUCCUGCGUCCAUGCACUCGCCGUCAUGGUCGCCUGCACCUUUCUUCGCGAACAUCUCUUCAUCUGGACCGUCUUCUCGCCAAAGUACCUGUAUACAGCUGCUUGGGUGGUGGGCCAGCAUACCAUCAUCAACACCAUGGGACUCGGAAUGCUGUUGUGGCAGGGUGAUAGGUAG